AUGUUUCCAUUAAAAAAUUUAAGGGGAAUUAUUCGUACAAACAGAUUAUUAAAUAUAUCUUUAAUAAUCAACGAAACAACAAAAGGCAUCAAAGUAACGCAUGCUGAUUCGGAAACACAUCCAGAUACCGCAAAAAUACUAGAGAGACAAUCCAAUUACUUCAUCAACACAUAUAAUCGCCCACCGAUUAUUUUCUCGAGAGGAAAAGGAUGUUUUAUAUAUGAUUUGGCAGACCGUGAAUAUUUAGAUUUCUCGUCUGGUAUAGCAACUAACGCUUUCGGUCACGCGGAUGAAGAAGUUGCUAGUGUGUUAUCAGAACAAGCAAGAAAACUUGUCCAUACAUCGAAUCUAUAUUUUAACGAGCAUGCUGGUAAAUUGGCUGAAUUAUUAGUAAAAUCAACAAAAGAAGGUGGUGGAUUUGAUGCGGCAAAAGUAUUUUUUGCGAAUACUGGUACAGAAGCUAACGAAGGAGCAUUUAAAUUUGUUAGAAAAUGGGCAAAAGUUUCUUCUGGUAAACAAGACAAAAUCGGUAUAGUAUCAUUCACCAACGCGUUCCACGGUAGAACGUUGGGUUCGUUGUCGGCUACACACAAUAUAAAACAACAAAUUCCAUAUGCACCUUUGGUGCCAGGAUUUACGUUUGCGCCUUUCAAUGAUACAAGUAAAAUUAAUGAGCAUGUCAAUCAAAAUACUUGUGCUGUUAUUAUUGAACCGAUACAAGGUGAAGGUGGUCUUUGGGUUGCUACUCAAGAAUUUUUAGAAGCUUUAAGAAAAAGAUGUGAUGAAGUUGGAGCUUUGUUGAUUUACGAUGAGGUUCAGUGUGGACUUGGCCGUACUGGUAAAUUUUGGGCGCAUCAAAGAUUUCCAAAAUCAUGUCAUCCAGAUAUUUUAACAAUGGCGAAACCUUUAGCAAAUGGAUACCCAAUUGGUGCAGUCAUGACAACUCAACGUGUGGCCGAUAGUAUUGAAGUUGGUGAUCAUGGUUCAACAUUUGGAGGAGGUCCAUUAGCCUGUAAAUUAGCAUUAUCAGUGAUAAAACGGAUUAAUAGACCAGAACUUUUAGCAAAUGUAAACAAGGUCGGAGAAUUUUUUAUGAAAGAAAGUAAAGAAUUGAAAUCAAAAUAUCCAUCGCUUAUUAAAGAAGUACGUGGACAUGGAUUGAUGAUUGGUGUCCAAUUUAACAAGGAUCCAGCACCAUUGUUACGAUUAGCAAGAGAGAGGGGUUUAUUAAUUAUUACAUCCGGUAAUCAUACGAUUAGAUUUUUACCACCAUUGAUAAUAAAAGAAGAAGAGGCUAAGCGUGGAAUUGAUAUAUUCAAAGAUGCUCUAAAAGUUUUUGAAAAGGAUCAAUAA